GUCACCAAAAUCAGGAAACUAAGGGUUGCUAUUAAUACAACUGAACAAAGAGCUGUAGCUGGUGAAAGCUAAUAUAGUCUCAGUUGAAGAGGAAAGGCGCUUAAGUUGACUUCAGAAACCAAAAGGACAUGCUUGGGAUGCUCCUUGUGGUGUGAUUUUGUGCACUUUUGAGGCUUCACAACCAUGGAAGAACCCGUCUCGAGUACUGAAUUAGCUAAUCCUGAAUCAUUCUCAGCAGAUGAGCUGUUAAUUCUGCACACGCCUGAUGCACAGGAAUGGGCGACGUAUUUGCAGCAGAUUUUGAACUGCUCCAAAAAAUUCCACAAAAGCUCUAUUUUGCUCCAUGCAGUCAGCCCAGAUGAUCAGCUUCAUGGAUAUAACUAUGAAUACUUCCAAAGCUGCAAGUGUAUUGUGCUGCUCCUCUCGGGAGCAUUGCUGGACAUGCUCUGUGACCAUGAGCUUCUGGGAGCUCUUCAGACACUCCUUUACCCCCCACACAGAGUGGUGGCACUGCUGUGUGGAGUGACGGAGGACGACAUAUUAAUGGAGUGCUUCGAAGACUGGCCAAGCUGGAGAAAACUCUCUGCUGAGGACGAGCCUGCUGUCUACGUUUCCACCAUUUUGGAGUCCAUCAGUGACAGCAUACAAGUGGAGGCUGAAUAUGAGAGCGAAGCUACAGCUGCAGAAACAGCCGAAGAGUUGCACAACGAGGCAGCCUCUUCAACUGAAAAUCCCACCACUGAUGAAAAUGAGGAAGUGGUGUCAGAAGAGCAAAAAGAAACUGUCCUAGAGGAUGAAGAACCAGUGAGCACGGGGAAUUCAACAAGUGAGGAAAUUAGUACACCCACGCAUCUCACCUGUCUCACCGUUCAACCAAACAGAGUUCUGUGCGGGAAAUGUGAGACACUCUUUAUCAUUUUCACGCACAAAGUAGAUGAUCAGUCGCUACCAGAGGUGGAGUUUUCGUCUGAAAAUGUAGCAGGAAAAAGGGUCCCAGCCACUGUGGAGAAUGAAUACACUAUCAGUGUAACUGCACCUGAAAUGCCUGCUGGAGAUGUUUCGCUCACCAUGUACACGGACCAAUCCUGUGUCAGCUUGAUGCCUGUUACAUAUUAUACCAAUAUGGGAGAAGUCAGUCGGUAUCUUGAAAACGCUGCUGAUCCUGUUAACUUUAUCUGCCAGGCCUUCAACUUGACAUCCAACGCAACAGAAUCACUGGACAGAAUGCUAACUGACUCGUUAAAAUCCAAGAUACCUGCAACUGGUCUUCAGCUGUUUGGAAUCAGGCAGAUUGAAGAAGACAAUAUGGCGACAUACCAGCGUGAUGACGAGCUUCCUACGCUGCUCCACUUUGCUGCUAAGUAUGGCUUGAAGAAGCUGACAACCAUUCUUCUUCAGUGUCCUGGGGCUCUGCAGGCUUACAGCGUGAUGAACAAAUAUGGAGACUACCCAAACACGCUGGCAGAGAAGAGUGGCUUCUCUGAUCUCAGACAGUUCAUGGAUGAAUUUGUUGAGACAGCAGACAUGCUCAAGUGUCACUUUGAGGACUCCAUCAACACAGACGAGAGUGCAGAGGUGUAUGAGUUGAUGUCAACUAACUCUCAAGAUAUCAUGAUGAAGUACUCAGGUUGCUCAGAGGAUAUAUAUGAGUCAAUGCUGGGGAUUGACCCUGAAUGUGCAGAGGACCUUUAUGAGGUGAUGAGUGCAGUAGACGAGAACCCUGAGGAAGCGAUGCUUAGGAAGUUCUUCCAAGCUAAACCACAAGCCAGUUUAAACCCAGACAACGAGUACUUUAAAAGUGAGGAAGCGGAAAAAGAAGAUCAUACUGACUUAGAUCUGAUUGAAGAAGAGGAGGAUCCAUACAACCUCUGCCCAGAGGAUAUCUACGAUACUGUAGAUGAAAACAGUACCUAUAACCCAGUAAUCCUGAACCGUCCACCAGCCCCCAUCCCCAGACCUGAGACCGAGUCUGAGCCAGAAAAGCCUAUGAUCUCUAGAGUAUUUUCAGAUAGAGGUACCUCUGAUGGAAGUACAACGAUGGAAAUGGGAUAUCCUGCAGUUGUGCCUGUGGCGGAGCCCAGCUCUCCUGUUUAUGACCCCUAUGCUGGGAUGAAGACACCUGGACAAAGACAGCUCAUAUCUCUGCAGGAGAGGGUAAAAGUGGGGGAAAUUACUGUGAAUGAGGCCGUCCAAGAGUUCAAGGCCUGGCAGUUUGACCAUGAGCGGAGGGCCAACUCCAUACGCUAUCAGCAGGAAAAUCUCAAAAAAUUACGGGACAGCAUCACCAGGCGUCACAAAGACAGACAGAAGACAGGAAAGGAGAUUGAUUAUGAGAUCAGUGCUCCGAUGCAGAGGAACUUAUACUGGGGCUCCAAGGUGACUUUAGAGUGCUCUGUGUACGAACCAGCACCUAGAACGGUGGCUCCGCCUCCCCCUCCGGUCGCUCAGGCUAUCCAGAGAAGCACCUGGAAGACAGGUAGCACCUCAAGCACGUCUAGUACAGAGAGCAACAGACUCAGCACUCACAGCACUUUUAGUUUCAGCAGCGGGACCGAGCCCGACUUUGAGGACGCAUUAGAAAAUGUCCCUCCGCCACCAAGACCUCCACGGCCGUCUGAUUCUGCAUCAGUCAUCACUCCACCCAGGAUUCCUCCACGAGUCCCAGAACGGGUGCCAGAGAAGAUGCUGAACGAGCGCUACAUAUCCUGCCCAACCCGAGCACUUCCUAAAAGACCAACUCAAAGACACAUGAACUCAGCACCCCCCGUGCCUCGCCGCCUGCGGUGAUAGACACAAGUCUGCUCUUGCUGGGUGUAGUUUCUAAAGUUAUUCUUGUGUUUUUAAGAUGAAUGAAAGAGUUGGAAAAAAAAAGCCAGUGACUUCCUCUGCAAACAAUUAUUUUUGCUUUUAUUCAUUUUAUGUAUCAGAAUCUGUUCCCAUAACAUUUCACUGUGUGUGUGUUGGUUGUGUUGAGAGAGAGAGAGAGAGAGAGAGAGAGUGAUGUUUAUGUUGUGGUAUGUUUUUCAGUGUGAUAUUUUUUACUUGUACUUACUCCGGGACAAUUAAACAAUUUACCGUGAUAAAAGUAUACCGACCAGAAGAUAUUACAAGUUUAGAGUAUUUUCGUUUGUUGUUGAAAAAAGAGAAAUAAUAAGUUUUGUCUUUAUUAUGAUAUUUAAACAUGGUUGUUGGUGGGUCUGCUGUAAAGUUAGCAGUGACGUUGUUGUUCAGCUCACCAACGAAAUGUAUGAUUGUGUUAUUAAGUGCUUAAUUGAUUAGUUGUUAUGACAUUGUGUUCUACUUAUUUUACCUCAAAUAAUGUCAGCAUUAUAAUUCUUAAAGAACUUCCAAGUUUAUUCUGUAAUUUCUUUCUUAAAUUUGGAGAAUUCUUGCAUGGAUGGUAAAAUAACCUUUAGAAAGUGCCUUUAGACCUAAUGUAACUUCUGAAUUUUUUAAUGAAAUAUAUAAAUAUGUUCCCUUUAUACACUUUGAAUGUGU